AUGCUCAAACAAAUUAUCAGCGCAGUUGCAGCGCCACGUACUAAGCUGGUGUUAGUGGUACGGGGUGAUCUGAAGAUGUCUAAAGGGAAAACUGCAGCCCAGUGUGCACAUGCAGCUGUUCUAUGUUACCAGCAGUCCCAAAUAAGCCGAGAAAAACAAAAAUUGACAGAAAGUUGGUCAAUUUUGGGUCAACCGAAAAUUGUAUUACGCGUGGACACGUUAGAGGAGAUCAUGCAUUUGAAAAGCCGUGCAAAAGAUGCGGGGUUGGUGGCAGCACUGGUUAGAGAUGCUGGACGUACGCAGUUAGAGGCUGGAACAGUUACAGUUCUUGGCAUUGGUCCAGACAUCGAAAACAAUGUUAACAAAUUGGUCGCCGAUUUAAAAUUACUAUAGCUUUAGUUGGCCCUUAGUUUAGCGAAUAAAUAAAAACGACUCGCUUAAAUAUUAUA